CAGAUUUUUGCCAACAACACGGAUUUUAACGUGGAUACAAAACUCUGGAUACUGAUGCUGUGGCCGGUCUAUAUUUCGCUCUCCUUUAUAAAGAACCUGGACAGGCUUGCUUGGUUAUCCUUCAUAUCCAACAUCCUCAUGAUAACUGGCUUUAUUUGCAUAUUCUUUCAUAUAUUUGAAACUCUUCACAAUCCUGCUCAAUUACCAGCAGUGGCUCCUGCUCGUGAUUUACCUCUGUUUUUUGCGUCUGCGAUUUUCACAUAUGAAUCAAUUGGGUUGGUAAGUAAAUGUUCAGGUGUAUAUAAUCUCAACGAAAAGGAAAGAAAAGAGAUUUAGUUGUAGAACGACAGGCUGUUUAAAAAGGAUGAUCGAACUUUUUAACUUAUUGUUUAGCAAGACACAUUAGUGACUAAUUGCUUUUCUUUUUGCUAAGAACUGCUUUAAUUAUGCACAAAUGUGGAAAAUGCGAUUUCAACCUGCAAUUUUUAAUGGGCUCAUAUAUUUGGUCACUUUUGCCAGGAAUGAUGCAAGGUUACAUUAUUUUCAGAGAAUUUCUCGAAAUGUAAAGAAUAUUUUUUGUUGGGAAAAUAACAAGGAAUUCUAAAUUUGUUGCCAAAUAAUUUCUUAAUUUCAGUCAAUUUUUGAAUAAAAAAUGUUAAGAACUUAUUAUUAAAAUAAGAAAAUAUUUUGUAUAAUCGUAUUUGAUCGCUUCAAAUUUCUUUUUUCGAUGAUAAAUACCAUAAUCCAACGAUGGCACGUUCACUUGGUCCCAAGUCCCAAAAGUGUUUAGUUCUUUAUAAUUUCUCCAUCUAGAUUCUUCCUCUUGAAAACGAAAUAAGAAAUCCAAAACGAUUUCCGCCCUUACUAAAUCUUGGCAUGGCUUUCGUGACAGUUCUUUAUAUCUCGAUGGGCUUCUUUGGUUAUUUAUCUUGUACCGAUAAAUGUAAGGGGAGCAUCACGCUCAACCUUGGAGAAACACCGUAAGUAUCAUACAAAACAGCAUUUAUAGAGAGGAAGUUAAUGCCAAAGUUCAUUUUAUUUGUAUGGACAUUUAUAUGGUGGAUCAAAACAACGGGGCUGGGGUACCUUUAGACUUGCUCCAAGUCUCUCUUUCAUUGUCAUAUAGUAUCGAUCCACUAUUGUAUACAUUACGUAAGCCUGUAUAAUUAUAUUGUAUUAAAUUUCAAGAUGGCGGACUUUUUACGCCCAUUUCGUAAAUACCUUAAAAAUAUGUGUAUUUUUGCCUCGAAAUUGUACAUGCAACCCAUCAGUCAUUUGCCAUAAAGACAAUCAUUUGUAAAACAACAAUAAUUCGACAAGGGUGCAUUUCUUUCUUAACAAUAUUUUAGACAAAACAGCAUCUAAUUUGAUGUAGUUUGAUAUGUUGAUAUCUAAAAAUUUUUUAAUGAGGUUGAAAACACAAACUGAUGCCUUGAUAAUGAAAGAUGUAAAAGAGAUCCGCACCUGUUGGUUCAAUUCAUCGAAAUAAUGAUCAGUUCUUUCUGCCGACUAACGUUUAACAUAGCGUCACUCUCCUCCCCAUAGCUGUACGAAUUUUUGGUCAAAUUAAGUAAUACCACUGGGGAAACAAAUAUAAUGUAAGCCAAAAUGAAUAAUUUUGAGAGUGUUCGUUCAACGUGCCCAAGAUCGACAGCAAUGCAUGCAUGUGUGCUCAUGGGCGUACCGGAAGGAAAAAAUUAGGGGGGCGGAAAGAAGAUUGCCCGACUUUUCGGGAUUUUGCCCGACUAGUACCAAAAAAUUUUUUCCGGAAAAAUUUUUUCCGGAAAAAUUUCGGUCAGUGUACCAUUUUAGGGGUCAAAAAAAUUUUCCGGACAACCAAUAGUUUUCGGAACACACACAAAAUUUUCGAAAAAUCACAAAAUUUGCCAAGAAAUUUACUUAAUUUUAGACAAAAUUUACAGAAUUUGUCACAUUUUUUUUUAUUGCAAGCCAAAAUUGCCCGACUGUUGAUCAAAUAUUGCCCGACUGCCCAAAAAACUGGGGGGGGGGCUGCCGCCCCCCGGCCCCCCAGCCCGGUACGCCUAUGUGUGUGCUUCACGCUGCACUCUGGUCUCCAUCAGUGCAGUUCUCUUGUUGGAAGGUUCGGAGGAGGCUCAGAGGGAAUGUGCACCCUCCAUUCCUUGUCAACCCCACGUCUUAUUAUCACCCUGCCAUCCCCCCUCCCCGCUUUGAGAGUCCCUAAUUGUUAUCGUUUCCAUUCUACAUCACAGAAUAAAGCAAUUUUGUUUCUAUAUUCUUUUACUGUAGGUUCUCUGUGGCGGUGAGAGCAAUGAUGAGUAGUUCAAUAUUUCUGACUUAUUUCAUACAAGCAUACGUCCCAUUCACUCUCAUUGAAUCGUGGGUAUUGGAGUACACUGCUGAAGGACACGAGGCACUGAAAAGCUGUGGUGUUCGAGCUGGAGUUGUUACUAUUACUGGUACGUAUAUCAGCUUUUGAGUUUAUAUUGGGAGUUUUAUUGGAAAUUAAUUUGAGGACGGAAGAAGAUGAUUUCAUGCUGUAUGAGAUUCGAUUUAUUCCGCUAUUUUGGACUUACUGAUAAAAUAUUUCUCUACUCUGUUUCAAAUAAAUGUUAUCCUCAAACAAAUUACAUUAAUGGACCAGCGUCUCGACAAUUCGAUAUAUAUAACUAAGGGGCUGUUCAUAUGAGCCCUGCUCUGGCGGGCUGACCCGGCUAGCCGGGCUGGUUUUGAAGUGCCGAGAUCCCGCCUCACAUAUUGUUUGUAUAUUAAUUUAGGAUUGGCUUCAUAGGAGAAGCGGGCCAGCCCGGUUUGCCGGGAUCUCGCUUGAGCGAGGCGAGAUCCCGGCUUGCCGGGCUCAUAUGAAUGCACAACCGGGCUAGCCCGGCAAGCCGGGCUGGAAAUUUGCAUGCUUUAUUCCACUGAUAAACAGUCUAAAAUGUCCAAAACUAUAGGAAUUUAUCGAAAUUAAACCUCCUGAAGCUGUUGCCGUCGACAAAAAUAAAAUUUUGCCAAAUAAACACGAAUUUUAUUUUCCCGCUAAAAUAUCGCGGGAAAUCGUUACUAUCAAUAGAUAUGAUUGCCGGGCUAGCCCGCCUCAUGUGAAAGCAAAGCGGGCCAGCUCGGCAAAGCGGGCCAGCUCGGUUAACCGGGCUCAUAUGAACAGGCCCUAAUGCAUGUCUUCACCACCGUAAGUUCAGCAUCACUCUUUAUACUGUAUGCUCGAGUCCACCUUCUUCGCAGGCUUAUUCAUCCCCGCGCACUCGGAAUUAUUGACCUUGACUGUCUCACUCAUUGGUGUGCGGAUUUCCCAACAGGCUAUUCCCCAUGCAAUUGAUAGGGAAUCCGAGGUACCUAUACGAUUUAGCGUCCUUAUCCGAGAAGACGCGAAAGUCUAAUGUCAAUGUAUAGGUAGCUCAUUCACUCUAAUUAUUUUAAGACCUUGAGUCAAGGUCCGACCAAGGAUUGAACCUGGGUCUCUCAGCCUGAAAGGCAAGUGCAUGUGGUACUGUGGUGACCACGGCACCACAAUCCUUGCCGAAAUAUUUGUGGAGGAUGUACUCGAAGAGCGGUACUGGCGAAGUACAUGUUAAGGAGCCGCACAAUGUUUGAUUACAUGAUGUAUGACAACCAUAGACAUCUUAUAUACACUAGAUAUAGUGCAUCUAAUUAUUCUGCAAUUCAAAAAUUGAAGCUGUGAUUGCAGUCUCAGGUCGUUCCCAUGAAAUGAGAAGAUUCGUAUGUUUUCUAUUUCUUAAACAGGGAACUUUAACAUUAAGUUAACCCUAUUCCAAAUACGUUUUUAAACUAUUCGGAUGAUGAAAGUUAUUGUUGGUUUUAAGCGUUUAUUAGCAAGUGGGAACGACCAACAUGGCCGCCAUCUAUUCAAAUGGGUGUAACCGCUGGAAUAUUCUUGGCUUCAAUUUUACUAAAAGAGAUACGCUAUCUAGUGUAUAUAAGAUAUCUAUGAUGACAACAUCCCAAUAAUUGAAACAUCGCUACUGCCAGUCCGUCCUUAAUUAUAAUAAUACAAAAUUAUUUUUUUCUUUCAGCGAUUUUAGCAAGCACUGUUCCACACUUGGAGUACAUUAUUGGACUGUUUGGUGCAACCACUAGUACGACAUUAUCUAUCACACUUCCUCCUCUAUUGCAUUCAAUGUCUGUUCCAAAACUUUCCAAAUUUACACUAGCAAAGAAUAUCGUUAUUAUUCUAUGUGGAAUUACUGUUAAUAUUAUGGGAACGGCGGUAUUAAUCGGGAAAAUAAUUCAGUUAUAUCAACAACCGGUGGUCUUGGCUGGAAAAGCAUAGCAACAUAUUUAUUUAUCAUUUAUUAGUGAUCUCAAAAAAUGGUACUGUGAGGAUACUAUAAGAUUCUGCAGGCUAACUAAAGGCUUAUUUAUUUUGACUUUGGACUACUUAGGAAUAGCCAAUUAAUUGAUUCCUGUCGCCCCUUCUAAUUAGAGUUGAAUUUGAUCAUACUGCAGUACAUUUUCAGUACAUGUCCACCAAUUCUACUUUCAAUACGAAUAAUUCCAUAUGCCACAGCAGCUCGACGUGUAUAUAAAUAAGUAUAAUAGCUGGUUCAAUUUAUAUAUAUUUAUUCACAGAUACUCAUGAUCUAUGUAUAUAUACAUGUACAUAAGUGUGGAUUAUCUACGGUAAAUUGAAUGAAAAAUUGACACCGUUUUG